CAGCUGCUACAGCCAAUGGCGUGCGUCGCGCGAACUAGAACCCGGCAGGCCGAAUGGGCGGAAGUGACGAUCGGCACCGCGCGUGCGCGGCCUCAGCCAAACGAACGUAAGGGCGCGCGCCGCGUCGCGCGCGUAGUGACGCGUAAUGGCAAGCGCCUUGAAGAUGCAGCGGAUGGCUGGGCUGGGAAGGGCGCUGCUGCCCUUGCGGAAAAGGGGUUCUCUAGCCGGUUUGACUUGCAUCUAGUUCGUUUCCUUCAUGCUGGCCUUCCGGUUCUAGCAGCAAAAGAAGCUCUGGUGAAGCUCAGAAAGAAAACUGGCUACUCGUUUGUGAACUGCAAGAAAGCCUUGGAGAAAUUUGAUGAUGUCAGUGAGGCUGAAGCCUGGCUACAUGAGCAAGCCCAAAAGGAAGGGUGGAGCAAAGCUUCCAAACUCCAAGGACGGAAGACACAAGAAGGGCUUAUUGGGCUUCUGCAAGAGGGAAGCUCUGCAGUGAUGGUAGAGGUGAACUGCGAGACUGACUUUGUGGCCCGAAAUGUCAAGUUCCAGCAUCUGAUUCAGCAGGCGGCGAUUGGAACGAUGCUGCAUUAUCAGGGGACCAGGGACCAGCUGAGCACCUACGCCAAGUGUUUCUUAAACUCAAAUGAGCUUUCUCAGCUCAGGAUAGGACCCGAUGGCUCCUUGCUUGUGGACCAGCUGGCUCUGGCUAUUGGCAAGCUGGGGGAGAACAUGGUCAUUAAGAGAGCAGUGUGGAUAUCGGUGCCAGAGAAAUUUUUCAUCGGCUCUUACGUGCACGGGGCUCUCCCAGAAGGAAACCCGUCACUUUCUAACAUGAUGUUUGGCAAAUACGGAGCUCUGGUGAUCUGCUAUCCCCCUGAGCCGUGUGAAAAGUCGGACUUUGCUGAACUGGGCUGGAGGCUGGGCCAGCAUGUGGUGGGCAUGGCCCCUCUCUCUGUAGGCUCUCUGGAGGAUGAACCCGGCGAUGAUUCUGAAACCAAGAUGCUUGCCCAGCCCUUCCUGCUGGACCCUGCUAUUUCCUUGGGACAGUACAUUCAGCCCACGGGUGUAUCUGUACUAGACUUUGUGCGGUUUGAAUGCGGAGAGGAUAUAGAACUGUCAGCAUCAGAGUAAGCAGUACUUUUGUACUGGUGGCACUGGGACAAGUGAACUGUUCCCUGUUCCUGUUUGGGCCCUGCCGUGGUUAACAGACCUGACCAGUCACAAAUUAAACUCUGCUGUGUUGGGUUGGUCAUGGAAGCUGAAUACUAAUCGUGGAAUCUCAUUUCAAAGCUCCAGAGCGACUCUGCCCAGGUGUGGAAGACAGCUGUCAAUGUUACAAAUAAAACUAGCUGGCAGCAAGGAGGGGAACAGUGUCUGCUGGUUCAAGUGCAUCUGUUGAAUUGUCGUGAACCCCAGUGGUCUAGGCUAGGUCUGUGACGUAACUGGGCAGCUCUUGAAACAUGCAGAAAGUCCUUGGGGGCUACUAGAAACCCAUCAGAGCCCCUUUCUCUUCUUGAAAUGAGUAGUCCCGGUCCACCUUGUCAAGGGUUUUCACGGUGAGAACUAGAAGCUUGGGUGGCCUUGUUUUUCCUUAUGGGAAGCACGACCUUGGCACCCUCUUCUAUUGCAGCAGAAGUCUAAAGGCUUAAAGUCUGAACAGACUUCUCACCAUUUAGUAAGCCAAGGUCCCUGGUAAUUAUUGCUGGAGAUACCUGCUCCUUUCUUCCGCCCAGCCACCCAAGCAUUAAUAGGCGAGGGGGCACUAGGAGAUGGGCCAGAAUGACAUCUGAUCUGCCCGCAGACAGCUUCCCUUGUCCAGCUUCGUAAAACAGUCUGUGCUAUUUCUGCUGUAGCUGGCAAUGCUUGGUUGGCCAUGAGUGGCAAGUGUAGCUACUGUGGUACCCAACGAGCAAGUCGAUGAACAAGGCUUGUGUGUUCUGUAACACAUAUUGAAAACAAGCUGACUUCUGCUGCCGGGUUGCAGAAGUUGUCCGACAGUCCACCUGCAUUCAUCCACACCUGUCUUGAAUGCCUUACGGCAUCUUGGACAGGCAAGUCAUCAUCCUGGACUAGAGCAGUGUCUCCUUCACUUUCCUUGCUACUGGGAUAUGCACAUUGUUCCUAUUGCAUUCUGACAGCCCCUGUUAAGCAGUAAGCCCAGACCUCCUGUGAUCAGCUGCCCAAAUUCUGUAAUAUUUGCAGAUGCGCACCACAUACAUGACAUAAACUCUUCUGCUACUAGUCAACUUGGGUGGAGAUCUACUCUUUGACCGUAGAAGACUGCUCCCCCAGCACCUACACACCCUGAUUCUCUUGGGAAUGAUUGGUUUACAUGCUUCAAAAGCAAGGGUGCAGAAUCAUUUUUUGACCCAAGGGCCAGUUGAUAGAGUCAAAGCAGGUGGAGCAAUGAAUGUAAAUGUUCCCUUAGUAUAGCGGGCUAGUUUCUGCAGUCACACACACCCCUUUUUCCUCCAUCCAGGCAAACCAAGAGGAAUUACCAGAGUUUAAGGACAUAUUCCAGCCAGGAAGGUGCAGAUUAGGGCCGGUGUGGGAUGUGUUUGAGGAGGUGUAGCCAGGAGGGUGUAGCACUAUGGGUCAGAUAAGCCUGGAGGGCAACGUCUGGACCCUAAGCCUGCAGUUUCCAUUCCUGCUUAAAAGUCUCUUGCUAGUCUUAGGGAGAAAGUGAGAUUCUUGCGAUGCUGAACUUUGCAUGCUAUAGCUGUUCCUGUGCUUUCUUUUGUGGAAAUGUUGUAUAUGGCAUGUACCAGACAAGUACUAUGUUGGACGCUUCUAUGGGAAUAUCUGUGGAGGAGCACGUUACUUAAUUUGAGAUAACAGAGCCAGCCUGUCUCUUGUCAGAUUGAAAAUACGGUCAUACCUCAUGUUA